AUGGCGCAGGCAGACAAGGAAAACGGAAACCACCGAAGCAAAGUCUUCAUACACACCGACAACCAGGCCGCCAUCAGAUCGUCAGCCAACCCAAAGGGGAAGUCCGGCGCGUACCUUCUCAAGGCCAUCGCAGAAAAGACACAAGCCCUCCGAGAACAGGGACUCGAAGUCGAGCUCCGAUGGGUACCUGCCCACAUCGGUAUCCAGGGCAACGAAGCAGCAGACAUCGCCGCCAAGGAGGCGACGGGAUGGAGGCCAGACGGACAGACAGGUUCCAGGGCAGACAAGCCGAGAGCCUUGUUCAAACUCAGGUCGACAGUCAAGACAUGGUCGCAUAAACAGUCCCACCACGCGUGGCAAACCAACUGGGAAACCGAGACGCGAGGGAGAACAUCGUUCCGUCUCACGCCGAAGCCGACAAAGAAGGUCCUCGAACUCCACGAAGGCCUCAGUAAACGCCAGAGCGCAGCCCUGGUCCAGAUGCGCACGGAAAAGAUCGGGCUCCAGGACUUCCUCUUCAACCGAAGAGUACCGGGCAUCACCAACGCCAACUGCCCAUGCCGGGAAGGACGGCAAACAGUAUCGCACAUCCUGCUGUGGUGCCGCAGGUUUCGACAACUCCGGCGCCAGGAAUUCGGAACCCUCCCAGGACGACACAAUCUCCGGGUCAUACUGAACAAGCGCAAAGCAGCCGCCAAGGCAAUCCGGUUCAUAGAACAGACCGAGAUCCUUGGGCAACACGGGAUCGAGUCGCAUACCAGACUUAGCUGA